CCUGUUUUCCCCUCUUCCUACUGAAAGAUCGGCGUGGACUGGGACGGUCCUGUCUCCACGCUCCGCGCGCCGUGACCGCACGCUGUCAGGUCCGCGGGGACUGUGGGAGCGCAGAGUUCUUCCCCAGCAGCGAGCGCAGCGCUCCAACCAUGCAGCGCUCGCUUUGUUGACGCAGAAGAAAGGAGGCGUCGUAGUGAUUCCGGUUCCCCAACGCGACACAGCAAAUAGUUGUCAGACUGAGAAAAUGAAGACAAGAGAAGAUGUAAAAAUAAUCAACCAGGGCCUGGAGGAUGAGAUGGAGGUCAGGGGUUUCCGGCCCUGUCUGUGGAAGAUGAUCCUGGUUGGUGUUGGUGCUGUUUGCUCCGGGGGUCUCCUCCUGCUGCUGCUCUACUGGCUUCCGCAGUGGAGCGUCAAGGGGACAUGUACAAACACGUCCCUGAAGGAUGCACACACCCUGCUGCUCAGGACUAAGGAUGAGUUCAGGCAGUGGUUUCGAGUCCGAGUCCACAGAAUGUCGGCUCCAGGGAGGACCCCCUUUGAUGAUUUGGAGGUAAAACCCAAAACUCAGCUCCCAAACGGAGACUUUGAUCAUCAGGUCGGCUCUGUUCACGAUGAACAGCUUCUCCACGCACAGCAGGUUCAGAUCCAAUACUUCACGCACCACAGCUUUAGAUACUACUGGAAUGAUGCCAUCCAGAACUUUGAAUUAUAUCAAGGCCUGGAGGAUGUGAAGGUGAGCUGUGCCCACAUCCACUCCGAACACAGCCGUGGGAUUAGCAAAUCACUGCAGGACUACAGGAGGUUGUUUUUUGGGGAGAACGAGAUCGCUGUGAGAGUCCCCUCCCUGUUCAAGCUUCUCAUAAAGGAGGUUCUGAAUCCCUUUUACAUCUUCCAGCUCUUCAGUGUGGUUUUGUGGAGUGCUGAGGACUACUACUAUUACGCUACAGCCAUUGUUUUCAUGUCGGUCAUAUCAAUAGCUACCUCCUUGUAUACCAUUAGAAAGCAAUAUGUGAUGCUCCAUGACAUGGUGGCCUCUCACAGUGUGGUCCGUGUGUCCGUGUGCAGAGGAAACAAAGAUAUUGAACAGGCCAUGUCGACUGAGCUUGUGCCCGGUGAUGUCAUCUCCAUCCCAGCCAAUGGGAUGAUAAUGCCCUGCGACGCCGUACUUUUCCAAGGAACCUGCGUCGUAAAUGAGAGCAUGCUGACGGGUGAAAGCGUUCCAGUGACCAAAACCAGUCUGCCCUGUUCUGGUGACGAGGCAGCUGGGAGAUACAACAUGGAGGAACACAAGAGACAUACGCUUUUCUGUGGUACCCAUGUUAUCCAGACCCGCUUCUACAGCGGUGAGCUGGUGAAGGCAGUCGUGAUCCGGACAGGCUUUAGCACAGAGAAAGGCCAGCUCGUACGCUCCAUCCUCUACCCUAAACCCACAGACUUUAAGCUGUACCGUGAUGCGUACCUGUUCCUGCUGUGUCUGGUUGCUGUGGCGGGGAUCGGCUUCAUCUACACCAUUGUCCUCAGCAUCAUGAACAAGGUUCCAGCUAAAACCAUCAUCAUUGAGUCUCUGGACAUCAUCACCAUCACCGUUCCGCCGGCCUUACCCGCAGCCAUGACAGCUGGCAUCGUGUACGCCCAGCGGCGUCUGAAGCGCGUCGGCAUCUUUUGCAUCAGUCCGCAGAGGAUCAACAUGUGUGGCCAGCUUAACCUGGUCUGCUUUGACAAGACUGGUACUCUCACUGAGGAUGGCCUGGACCUGUGGGGCAUUCAGAGAGCAGAUAAUGGCAGCUUUAUCGCACCAGAGCUGGAGGCAGCUGAGGAGCCUCUGAUGAACACCACAUUUGUGGCCUGCAUGGCAACGUGUCACUCACUGACCAAAAUAGAUGGAGAGCUCUCCGGAGACCCUUUAGAUCUCAAGAUGUUUGCUGCAACAGGCUGGAUCUUAGAAGAGCCUACAGAAGAAGAAACAGCACUCCACAAUCCAUUGAUGCCCACAGUUGUUCGACCCCCAAAGCAAACGGUCCCUGAAGACAGUCAGAACCACCCACAAGUCCAGAACACGUCCUGUGAGAUCGGUAUAGUGCGGCAGUUCCCCUUCUCCUCGGCGCUGCAGAGGAUGAGCGUGGCGGUCAGGAGGCUGGGAGAAAAACACAUGGAAGCCUUCCUGAAGGGGGCGCCAGAGGUCGUGGCCAGCCUUUGCAAUCCACACUCAGUCCCACAGAGUUUCACAGAGACCCUGGAGGGCUACACUAGGCAGGGCUUCAGAGUGAUUGCACUGGCACAUCGACACCUAGAGUCCAAACUCUCCUGGCACAAAGUCCAGACCCUCAGCAGGGACCUGAUAGAGAGCAACAUGGAGUUCCUUGGUCUGAUCAUCAUGCAGAACAAAAUCAAGCAGGAGACCGCCGGUGUUUUGACUGAGCUACAGACGGCUAACAUCCGCACUCUGAUGGUCACAGGUGACAACAUGCUGACGGCCAUAUCUGUGGCUCGGGACUGCGGGAUGGUCCAUCCGCACGAGAACGUCAUUGUCGCUGAUGCUGUGCCUCCAAAAGACUCCCACCCAGCCUGCAUCACGUGGCGUUACGCAGACAACCCUGCUGACACUGCCAGGGACGAUCAGACUGCACAGAUAAGCGUAGAGGAGGCGACGUAUCACUUCGCUGUGAAUGGUAGAGCCUUUGCUGUUAUCACAGAACACUUUCCUCAGCUAAUACAGAAGCUCGCGCUGAGAGCCACCGUGUUUGCUCGCAUGGCUCCGGACCAGAAGACCCAGCUGGUGGAAAUCCUGCAGGGCAUUGACUACAUUGUUGGAAUGUGUGGCGACGGUGCCAAUGACUGUGGGGCCCUGAAGAGAGCUCACAGUGGGAUUUCUCUGUCUGAGCUGGAGGCGUCGGUCGCUUCACCUUUCACUUCCUCCACCUCCAACAUUUCCUGCGUCCCCAACCUCAUCAGGGAGGGACGAGCUGCCCUCAUCACAUCGUUCUGCGUCUUUAAAUUCAUGGCUCUCUACAGCAUCAUCCAAUACAUCAGUGUCAUCCUGCUUUACUGGAUCCUCAGCAACUUGGGCGACUUCCAGUUUCUCUUCAUUGACCUCGUCAUCAUCCUCAUCAUUGCCUUCACAAUGAGUCUCAACCCAGCGUGGAGGGAGCUGGUGAGCCAACGUCCUCCGUCCAGUCUGAUCUCAGGACCGCUGCUCUGCUCAGUUCUGACCCAGAUCCUCACCUGCCUGGCCUUCCAGGUCUUGGCUUUUUACUUGGUACAGCAGCAGAGCUGGUAUGAGACAUGGACGCCCCAGUCAGAUGCCUGUAACAUCUCCCGAUCCAGCUUCUCCAUGAGCCCAAAUGGGACAACCUCUCACAACCACAAAAACAUCAGGAACUAUGAGAACACCUCCCUCUUCUAUGUGUCGUCCUUCCAGUAUUUAGCUGUAGCCAUUGUUUUCUCCAAGGGAAAGCCCUUUAGGCAGCCGAGUUACAAGAACUGGCCGUUUAUGCUGUCCUGCUUUGGUCUAUAUUCUUUUCUCCUGUUCAUCAUGCUGUACCCCGUCUCUGCUAUAGAUAACUUCCUAGAGAUCGUGUGUGUUCCACAUGACUGGCGUGUUACUCUGGUCAUCAUUAUUGCAGCGCAUGCGGUUGUGUCUUUCACACUGGAGAUUUUGAUCGUUGACAUCAUCUUGUGGAGGCUUGUUUUCAGAGGAAGUCAAGGGGCAAAUGGCCCUAGAGAGUCCUCCUCUGGCGACACACCACAGGUUGCCAAUGACAGCUGGGGCGCGUUGUUCCUGUCUCGGUUGUUCUGUCGGAGGAACAAGCCCCCAAAGGUGCUGUACAAGCACCUGGCUCUGGAGCUGCAGGAGGAUGCCAACUGGCCCCCCAAACCCUCUACUGUCACGUACGCCGGUGAUCCACAGUCCCACAUAUCUGCAGCUCUUUGAUCCCCGCAGGAGACGUGAAAUGACAACCUGAAGAGACGGACCCGGACAUGUCCUACUGAUCAGCUGGCUUCUGUUCCAGCAAAUAGACUAACCCGUAUAAGGUCUCCUACUGGACUUGAUUGUCUCUGUGAACGGGUCAUACUUGAUGUCUGCCUUCAUUUUCAUCCACCCUAUCAGAGUGGACCAAACUCUGGAUCCUGGGUUGUUUCAGUGCAUUGGUCAUUAGGAGCAUUGAUGUUAAGAAUCAACCAUCAUGAAUAAUACUUGAUCAUUCCAAUCAUCCUAGAAAUUACGAGCAUAAUCUAACACAAUUAGAAAGUAUUUGCCCCCAAACAGAUUUCUUCUCUUUUUUGUUGUCAGGAUCACCAAGUCAAAGCUAAUCUGUUUGUGUCACAGCAUUUGAGAUAGCUGCCCACGAGUCUGUCACAUCGCUAUGGUGGAGUUCUGGCUCAAUCUUCUUUGGAGAAUUGUUCAAUUAAGUGAGACAGGAGAGAGUUUGAGCGUGAACGGCCUGUUUAAGGUCAUACCUCAGAAUCUUAAUUGGAUUCAGCCAUGCACUUUCUAUUGAACCAGGAACCUUAACAGGCAACUGCAUUUGUGGACAGUGGUUUAUCAUUGUGAUUUGCUGCCGUCCCAAAGCCUUAAAACUGGCUUUUUAAGUUUUUCCAGACUGGUAGAUGCCAGGAGCUUUGUUUCUCAUCUGCUACGGGAUUUAAAAAAAAAAUCGGGACAUGAUGUGUUGCAUCAGUGUUGCAAGUAAAACUGAAAAAAGAAGACGUAAGUAAGGGUGCAGAUACUUUUUACAGCACUGUAAUAUAAUUCAUAUCAUCUGGAAUAGUGGAACAGAAUAACAUUGCACAGGUUGAACACUGAAAUAUUAGCUGCAGGUAAAAAUGUGGUUUAUGAAUUCAUCCUACUAUACUAACAGUGAUGAGACAAAGUACUCCAGAAGACUGUGAAUUUAGUUUAGUGUCAUCCAGCUGUUCUUAUCCUGAAAUGUCAGUUGCAAUCACAUUAGCAUGAAAGUUACUGACAUCAAUAGAUAUGUGUUUAAGGAUAAAAGGAGGAUUUACAGUCAGCAGGAUUAGGUCUAAGUAGCUGUUUUCAGUUCACUUUGUCACUCUAUUGUGGAGGAAUCUUUUGCUCGCUCACCUUUCCAACAUCGUUUCAGGCUUCCUGCCUUCAGGCUGUCAGACAUUACCUUCUGCACAGCUCUUUUUAAGUCCCACCACAGCAUUCCAGUGACAUUUGACAGUUGCAGCCCCUCAAUUCCUUCGUUUUUCUGCCGUUCUUUUAAAAGGCUCUUGCAGAGUCAACGAUCAUAAACCUGUUUUGUCACCCAGGUUGAGCCAAACUAGCUGUCAGACAGAUGGCCCCUGAAUACAUUGGUAUAGACAUGUUCUAUAUCUAUACUGUAAUAUUCAAUAUAUUGAAUAUUAUUGAAAAGUUAAUUUCAGUAACUUAAUUCACUAAGUUAAAAACAUUAUAUAGAUUAGUUAAACAGGUACUGAUGUUUGUCAUUAUUUCGGUUAAUUGUGAUGAUUUUCUGCUUACGGCUAAUGAAAACAAGCCAUUUCAUAUUAGAAUAUUACAUCAGACCAAUGAAAAAUGCUUUUUAUACAGAAAUGUGGACGUAAUGAAAAGUAUGUUUAAUACCUGCUUCAAUGUUGUUAUUUACAAAGGUACUUUUAUCUGGCAACGGGCCAAAUCGGGAUACAUUUUCUAUUUUAUUAAAUAUGUCCGUACACAUGCGCUGUAGUCUAUGACUGCAGGAGGCCUCGGUGUUCUGCUCGCUAAAUAAGCCCAAAUGUUUUAAAGGUGCUGGUGCUCAUACACUGUAUUUUGUUCUCUCUAAACAUGGUGUGGUGUAUUAUGGGAAAGCAUGUCUGCAUUGGCUUCACCCCCCCCCCUCCCCAAACAAAAAUUACAUUGAUCUGAAAAACUUGGGUUUUGUUCAAAUGCAACUUCAGAUGUAAGUUGUGCUAUUUUAUUCUUUUUAGAGAGAAAGCUCUUUUUCCUGGCAACUCUUUCAAACAGAGCAUGUUUAUUGAGCCUUUUUCUAAUCCUCCUUUCAUGAACCUUAUCAUUUAACUUGCUAGCUGGAGCAUCUAGAGUCUGAGAUGUGAAUCUUUGUGUUUGUCUGGACUUUCUAAAUCCUUCAGAAGCAACACACACAGCUUUUCCAUUUUGGCUUUCUUUGUUUAUUAAAUGAUGAUAGAAUUGGAUUUAUUUCUGUAAACUUCAAGUUCUAUUUAAUGAGCUUAGAACCGGGUAAAGACCAGAUAAUUUUGUCAGAGAUCCUGAUGAAUAAACCAUAUAAAGAGGGAGUAAUUUUAAUGUGAUUGUAUGCCGAGUUUAUUAACAUAACUGGUACUGUCGUGUUU